AUGCCUGGAGAGCCAGGAGUGUGGCCGCUGAUCGCUGAGACUACGAAUGCCAGCCACACCCGAGCCAGCCCGGGAGGGCCGCAGUGCUCCCAGGGACCAGCAGGGGGCGCGCGCCGCCCGGCCCCGGGGGGAGGGGCGGGUGGGCGGGGCGUUGCGCUGGGCGCUUCCGGUUCCGGCGCUGGGAGGAGCUCAGCCGCUGGCGCAGUGGGUGCUGCUGCAGGCAGUGGGCUGCUCCCGGUGUCCCCUGCUCCGUCCUCUCAGACGCGCCGCCGCCGCCUGCGGACUCUGCCGCGAGCUCGGCUUUCGUCGAUUGGCUCAACUCUCACACCAACUGUCUCUAUUCCUCUUCUGUACUGCAAAGACCACUUUCCAGGAGUUUUCAGGUUGCAUCUAGAGGUUCUCUCCCCCACCAAGAUUAAGCCUGAAAGAGACCUGGAUUGGAAAAACCUGGAGACCAAGUGCAGUAGUGACGCUCCAUUACCUGAGAUGCUCCAACCCAGGAGACAAGACGGGCUGGCCAACCUGUCCACUGGGAAAACUAGGUUAGAGUUCAAGUGUUGCCUUCUGUCUCUAGAAUCAGUCCCUGUCUGGCUGGCCGCCCAGUGCACACUUAAGGCUGCGAAUCUCCGCUCUGAGGAGUGACGUCUCCUAAGAUGG